UUUGGGUUCGCAUGUUUUUUAAAGGAGUAAAAUUACAAACUGCUUUUAAAGUUUAAAAUCUACUAAGAAAAACUCAUAAAAUUUGAAAGAAUUUCUACUUAUCGGUAAUAACUCGGUGGAUGUGCAAUAAAUUCCUUUUGGAGCACAUUAUAAGGCGUGGUUGUGUAAAUAAUAGAAAAUAGACUUUUUCGGUGGUGUUAAGGGAUACCCAUUGCCUUUGUCUUGACAUUCGGAAAAUUUCAUUAUCGCUAGACAAUACGACUUUAUAUUUCAUUACAAGCAAAAUAAUAAAAAAAAGAAAAACAGUGAAAAAUUGUUAAUCCUUUAUGCAAAAAUUAUAAAAUUCUCCAAAAAACCCUGUUUCAGAGUGUUUAAUUGUUUGGAAAAUGUUUAAUAAGAAUUUAGUACCCAAUUCGGCCAUAAUGGAGGCACUCGAGACACCACCUGGAAUUGGACCUGACACUCGUAAUAUAAGCAAUGAUUUCACAUCGAUUGAUUGUUGCAUACCCGUUGCCAAAUAUGAUCUACCUGAUCACUCUACAGAUUUGUCAUUUCUACUUAUGGAUGCUGAGGAAAACUUACGUAUAGCAACACCAGAACUAUUUCGCAAAAAACUCAAAUGCAAUGAAGAUACAAAAAUCAAAGUCAUAUCAAUAUUCGGCAAUACUGGUGAUGGCAAGUCGCAUACAAUGAAUCAUACAUUCUUUGAUGGUGCAGAAGUAUUUAAAACAUCAUCAGAACAGAGUUCCUGUACGAUAGGUGUGUAUGCGGCUUUCCAACGGGAUAUGGAUGUAUUGUGUCUGGAUACGGAGGGUCUAUUGGGUACAUCUAAGCAGAAGAAUCGACGUACACGCAUGUUGUUGAAGAUACUAGCCAUUUCUGAUAUUGUCAUUUAUCGUACGCGUUCCGAACGAUUACACAGUGAUAUGUAUGAUUUCUUAAGUUCAGCAUCGGAGGCAUUUUGUCUGCAUUUCGCACAAGCAUUGCAAUCAUUGCCUGUGCCGGGUACAGCUCAAACACUAGGACCCGCCGUCAUUAUCUUCCAUGAAACACAACACACUACACCGCUCGAUAGUUCUGUCGCUGAAAGCGCUGAGGAUCAAUUACGCAAACAUUUCGAAUUGAAUAACCUCACAAUAAAUGCUUUUAGCUCAUUGCGCUAUAUUGGCAUACGAACGCCAAAUCGUAACGCCACGGAUUAUAGUAAACUUAAGGCUGCUAUAAAAUUGGAAAUCGCUAAUACCACCGUACGUUCACCACGUCAGCCAAGCGUUGUGUUCAAAGCGAUGAAUGCGCUCAAUACGAAAUUCUCUGGUGACAUUAUGGAGGAAACAAUAAAUCCAUUCCCAUCACAAUUUUUCACCUGUCCCGUACGUUGUGAGGCAUGCAAUCAACAUUGUCAACGUACGAUGGGUCAUCUGAGUGAUGGUGAGGAGCAUAUGAAUAAGGAGCAGUGCACUUAUCAAAGCCAGUAUGACAAUAAGAAAUAUUUAUGUGAAAAAUGUUACAACAAAGGUGUAAUGAAUGUCGUCACAUUUACCACACAAUCGAAGAGCGAUAGCUCUUGGUCGGGACUGGCUAAAUAUGCAUGGAAAGGUUCUGUUAUCGAUUGUCCAACAUGUGGUGAAAUUUAUAGAUCACGUCAAUAUUGGUAUGGCAAUAGGUCGCCCGAAGGCACAGCGGUUAGAACAAUCGUUGUACACGCCUGGGAGCCUAAAGGUCCUUUGCAUUCUGCACAAAUGGUACUCGAUCGAGUUUCAACGCUCGGCGAUGCUUUACCCAGAAUCCAUCCGAAUGCCGUAACCGGUUGGUUAGCCGAUUGGAUGGCACCGAGUUAUUGGAAACCAAAUAGUGAAAUUAUAGACUGCCAUGGUUGUAAAAGAAAUUUUGAAAAUACUGGUUUACAUAAGCAUCACUGUCGAGGCUGUGGUGAAGGUUUCUGUCAUGCCUGUAGUCAAAAGGAGAUACCAGUGCCAGAGCGUGGCUGGAAAGAUGCCGUACGCGUCUGUGAUACAUGUUUUACGAUAUUACAGCGACAGCCGAAUGCAGUGCCGGCAAAUACAACCGAAGCAUUUAAUCAUACCAAUUCCAAUUCCAAUUCAAAUCAAAAUAAUAAUAUCGCAGGCCAAUCAACAAGCGAUCAAGCUGACAUAAGUGUGCGUAGAAUCGGUGAGGGUAUCAUUAAGCCAUUGGGCCACUUGACAAAACGAGGUUAUGAAUUCACUAAAGGUAUCAUAAAAGACACCGCACGCCCUUCAUACUGGGUACCUGAUGCCGAAUCGCCAACAUGUUUUAUUUGUCAAACACUUUUCGGUACAGCCGAAGAACUAGCAAUAGCCAAGGCAAAUGGUGUUGGUGUUGGCAGUACAAAUGGCGCUACAUUGCAAGCGAAAGACAAUUUAGCUAAUGGUAAUAUAAGUGAGAGUGUCACAAGCAAUAUAUCGAAUAGCAGCAAUGGCAUAUGUAAUAUACCAUCACCCAUUGGCGAUUAUCGGCGUCAUCAUUGUCGACGCUGUGGUCAGGCGAUAUGUGAAAAUUGUUCCAAAGCACGUCAGACAGUGCCCGAACGCGGUUGGCAGGAGCCAGUGCGUGUCUGUGAUAAAUGUGCCGAUCCAAAGCAGCAAUGCGAUGCAACAGCAGCAACAGCCAGUUGUAGUAGCAGCAAUGGUGGUGGGGGUAAUAAUGCUAAUAUGAUGACCAGAGAAUAAAUGCGAUCUUACAAUAUUUUUCUUUUUUA